AUGGAGCACGCUCCUCAAGGAGACGAGGAAAAGUCUCAAGUGGAAGUGGUUGUUAAUGAAACGGAGACGAAGACGGCGAUUGUGAAGAAAGGGGAAAGAAUUUCCAAAAAGGAACUCAAGAAGAUGAAGAAACGAGAAGAGUUUUCUAAGAUGGUUGACAGCGCACUGGAGAAAGCAGUUGCCAAUGCUGGCACCUUGGACAACUUUGCCAUCUCGCAGGCAGCGGGAAAGACGGUGGCAAACGAUAAUCAGUUGGAUAUCAAAGUAGAGGGUUUUUCAAUCUCUGCAAGGGGUAAAGAGCUGUUUGUCAACGCUGAUCUUCAAAUUACACAUGGACGCCGCUACGGUCUGUGUGACAUGGGAAAACGACCCUUUUGCGUCAUAUUGGUAUGUGUGAUAGCUGAUGACACGCCAUCUGUAAAGGUGGUGUUGAAUUCGGACACAAAGCGUCUGAAGUUGAUGCAGACGUUGGAGGAUUUGAAGGUGAAGAUUGAGACUCAACACGAGUCAGAUGUGCUGGAUCGGUAUAACGAGGUGCACGAGGAAUUGCUUGCCAUGAAAGCGGACGCGGCAGAGGGUAAAGCGCGUCGUAUUCUGGCGGGUUUGGGCUUCACGACGGCAAUGAUGGAGAAGCCAACCAAAGACCUCUCAGGUGGAUGGAGAAUGCGUGUGAGUUUAGCUCGAGCCCUCUUUCUUGAACCCACAUUUCUUCUUCUUGAUGAACCCACAAACCAUCUUGAUCUAAAUGCUGUCAUUUGGCUUGACAAUCUUCACUUUCGUUAUAUUGUCUUCUGUUGGUUUAUCUACAGUCCUGGAAAAAGACACUUUUGGUUGUCUCUCAUGACCAAUCCUUCUUGGAUCACGUUUUCCAUGUUGGCUCAGAGGCGUCGUGAGCAGUUAAAGGAAUACGAGAAACAGGAGCGACGAUUGAAGGAGUUAAAGCAGUCUGGCAUGAGCAAUAAACAGGCGCAAGCGAAAAAUCAGCGAGAAGUUCUUACUCGGAAGCAGGCCAAAUCGAAGGGGACCACGAAUAAUGCCACGGACAUUGAUGCUGCGGACAGGAAGAAACAGCUCAUCCAAAAGCCAAAGGAAUACGUUGUCAAGUUCCAUUUCCCCAAUCCGCCACCUCUGAAUCCGCCGGUGCUAGGCCUAUACAACUGCACAUUUGGGUAUCCAGGUCAGAAACCCCUAUUUGUGGAUGUGAACUUUGGUGUGGAUCUGGAGACUCGCGUUGCCAUUGUGGGUCCAAACGGGGUGGGCAAAUCCACCUUCAUCAAGCUGCUCACGGGUGAACUAUCGCCGGUAACUGGGGAGCGAAGGAUGAACCAUCGGGCCAAGGUUGGUAAGUACGACCAGCACUCGGCGGAUCAGUUGAAUCUGGCAGAGACACCUGCUGAGUACCUCAUGCGACUCUUCAACUUGCCCUAUCAGGAUGCACGCAGCACUCUAGGCAAAUUUGGUUUGGAGAGCCAUGCGCAUACAAUUCCUAUUGCGGACCUCUCUGGUGGGCAGAAGUCUCGAGUGGCCUUUGCAGAGCUCUCUAGGCGCUCGCCGGACAUUUUGAUUUUGGACGAACCUACGAACAACCUCGAUAUUGAGUCCAUUGAUGCCCUGGCAGUUGCGAUAAAUGAAUUUGAGGGCGGUGUAGUUGUGGUGAGUCACGACGAGAGACUCAUUCGUGAUACCAACUGCAAUCUGUGGAUUAUUGAGGAGUUGGGCAUUAAUGAGAUCGAUGGGGACUUCGAGGACUACCGUCGGGAGAUCUUGGCUGCCUUGGGUGAGGAAUUGGCAAAUCCCAGUGUUGUAGCAGCGGCCGCUGGAUGUCUAGAAUGA